AAAGCGAAAUCAUUUCGCUGCCGCACGAAACUGGAAGCAGAACUUCAUUUGAGGUCAAAGACAACCGCAUCUUUUUUACCACGAAUAUAAAGUAUCUUCUCCCUUUCCCGCUUAUAUAGAAGAAUGGAUCGCUGUGUAGCGAUUACGCUUUGCUGCAUAUUAACAGCUACAGUAGUUUCUGCUCAAAGAAGAGUUAAACCUCCGGUUGUAAAGGUCCCAGAAGUGGAUCAACGAUGCCUGGAUUGUAUAUGUCAAGCAAGUAGCAACUGCGACGAAACUUUGAAGUGUCAUAAUGCUGGAGGUGAUGCGUACUUCUGUGGACCGUACGUGAUUUCGUGGGCAUAUUGGCAUGAUGGAGGAAGACCUGGAGACAAAGGCCGUGCACAUGAUUUCGAGACCUGUCUGAAUAACAAAACAUGCGCAGAAGAAGCUGUGAGGGGUUAUAUGCGUAAGUAUGGUCAAGAUUGUGAUGGCAGCGGAAACAUUGAUUGUUUUGAUUUCGCCCGUAUCCACAAGCUGGGAUUCGGAGCCUGCGGUGGAAAUGCCAUUCACAAUUCAGAUUACUGGGAAAAAUUCGAGAUCUGCUACGCUGGUUAUAAUCCUGGUGACCAAGGAGGAUAUGGUACCGGUAACUUAGGAGGAUAUGCAGCUGGUGGGCAACCUGACUACGAUUAUGGAGACACUGUUCUGCAAGCUCGCAAUGCACAUAUGACAUAAAGUACUGCCUAGUUUUGCAAAACUCCUCGAACAAUUCUUUGAAUUUCAGAUUCAUUUGAGAACAUUUAAUUUUCGGAAAAAAUCAGAAUUUUUUAAUGAAAUAUGGAAUCUUUAAUUCACCUUUGUUAGUGUUUCUGUUCAUCAGUUAUGACAAUUUUACAAAUGAAAGGAUACGGAAGAAUGAAGUCUGGGGAAACUUGAAAUUAUUUUCUUUGCUAAUAAUACAUUAUUUAAAUAAAACAAUGAGUAAAUAUAAUAUGCGUUUCAUAAUAUGCCUAAAUACGAUUUCCAAGAAGCUUAGUUACGUGCUGGAAAGGGUGCAGUCAUAUCUAAGGGAGGUAUAUUAUUUUCAUGUAGUCCUACACAUCAUUAAUAUUUAAACAGCGUUCUAAAGGUAACAUGUUUUUCCGGUUCUGCAGUUUUAUGCAAAUUUAGGUAUUUUUUGUUAUAGCAUUUUAUAAAAGUUUCUUAAGCUCUUUGAUAUUCAAAAAUGUCUCUAAAUUUAUGUUUUAGAUAAAUCUGAAAAUAAACGCAUGCACAUUUUUCAACCAGAAACAAUACUGAUAUAAAAUAAUUAAAGGUAGAAAGCUAUGAAAUUCAAAGUUUCAUCAAACUGAAUAUAAGAGAAUAUUCUAUUUUAUUCUUAAAUUGGAUUUUAUUGAUGCGAAUUGUGAGUCUUAUACUAAUAUACCAGAAUUUUCAAAACAGAGAAACAUUUGAAUAACUGUUAAGAGCGGAAGGAUACUGCACAAUUAAAUAAAAGCUUAUAUUUUAAUUACUUGGAUGCAAUGCGAUUGGGAAGUUCUUAUACCCUACCAUAUAAAUCUUUGCUGCAAGAGCUCCAUAGAUGCUGCCUCAAGUUGGAUACACAAGCUUGUGUACUUUUAAGUCCUUUGUGACCUUCUUUCCUGAAUUUUCAAGCAGUCAGUGUGAAGGGACCACAGUCUGCCUCUUCAGAGUAUUCUAUAAUAUACUAUUCCGUAUCGCAAGUGCCACAAGAGGCAGUGCCAGUGUUGUUGCAGAUGUUUCCUAGUAUCUUUUCAUGUGACAAGUUGACAGACGAGUUGCUCAGUUUUUAUGAUUACCAUGCAGCAUUCACAGUUCCGUUAUUAAGGGAACGUUAAAAUAAUAAGAAGAAAACAGCAAGAAUAAUAAUAAUGCAGAACAAACGUUAUGAUAACAUCAUCGUAUGAGGUGGGUUAUUUAUCAUGCACCCUUUUGUUAUAAUUCACCUUAUUAUGUUAAAUAAUUAAAUCACCUUUAAUUGCAUUAAAUAUCAUUUGUGAGUAUAAUGUAAGAGUAUUUGAACUUCCCAGAUACAUUGCAUGAUUAUUUCUUAAGGGAGAUGGAAGAAUGCAUUUGCUUUGCCUAUAACGUAAAUUAUUCUACUAGAGCGUACAUAUACCAGUUUAUUAAGGAGUAAGAAAUGCUUUUUUCGGUUAUGGAUUCAUUAUUCAUUACACCAUGUUUAUUCCAAUUAUUUGUUCUUCAAAUGAAUCUGACUUUCAUGUGCUUUUAUUUUUUCUCCAUUGGUAUUAUCAGUUUUCCUUAACUAUAAGUUCAUAACCAUAUGCAAUAGUAUUUAUUUCCUUAGAUAAUUUCCGAAGUUUUCUUUGGGAAAAAAAUAAUAAUUAAAUAAUAAUAAAAAAUCUUUAAUUAAUAAUGAAAAUUAAUAAAUAAGCAAAACUUCGUAUGACUGUAGGCCAGUUAGUUUAAGUUUCAUUUCAUAAUACUUUAUUAAAAAUCUCUCGAGCUUAAGAUCCUAGUUACAAUCAAUAUGUUUAAAGAGCUAUCAGUUUAAAAUAACAAUUUGCAAAAGAAUAAUGCAAUACAGAACCUAUUUCGGAGUGAGAUUUUUAUCCAUAAAGUCUUUUUAAAGCACCAAUUUUACGAAUGUGUAAAAAUAAUUCUUUUCAAAUGCAUAGGUAAACAAAAAUUUCUUUCGUAAAGUAAAAGACAAUUUAUUUUACGAAAGAUUAUUUAAAUAAAGUAAGUGCACUACUUAAUAAUUUUUCAAAUUCUAAACUGGUGUUAAAAUAAAAUAUGCAUAAAAUUUUCUUUUGUCAAAUUUAAAAGAGAGAAAUCAUUUUUUACCUUUGCGUAAAAAACUGAUAUUCUCCUAUAACUUUCAUAUUGAUUGUUGAUGCUUAAAUGCACAUAAAAAUUGUGUUUAAAUAAAAACUAUGUUUAACUGGAUGUAUGUGCCAAAAAUGUCACAAAUAAAUAAUUUCGAAGAUACUG